AGGAAGUGAGAAAGUUGGCACGGUCACCCAGGGCUUCGCAGGACCCGGUCACUGAGUGACAGAUGGACAAUGCAAGAAUGAGCUCCUUCCUGGAAUACCCCAUCCUCAGCGGUGGCGACUCUGGGACCUGCUCAGCGCGAGCCUACCCCUCCGACCAUGGAAUUACAACUUUCCAGUCGUGCGCGGUCAGUGCCAACAGCUGUGGCGGCGACGACCGCUUCCUAGUGGGCAGGGGGGUGCAGAUCAGCCCGCCCCACCACCACCACCAUCACCACCCCCAGCCGGCCACCUACCAGACUCCUGGGAACCUGGGGGUAUCCUACUCCCACUCGAGUUGUGGUCCAAGCUACGGCGCGCAGAACUUCGGCGCGCCUUACAGCCCCUACGCGUUAAAUCAGGAAGCAGAAGUAAGUGGUGGGUACCCCUCGUGCGCUCCCGCUGUUUACUCUGGAAAUCUCUCAUCUCCCAUGGUCCAGCAUCACCACCACCACCAGGGUUAUGCCGGGGGCGCGGUGGGCUCGCCUCAGUACAUUCACCACUCAUAUGGACAAGAGCACCAGAGCCUGGCCCUGGCCACGUAUAAUAACUCCUUGUCCCCUCUCCACGCCAGCCACCAAGAAGCCUGUCGCUCCCCUGCAUCAGAGACAUCUUCUCCAGCACAGACCUUUGACUGGAUGAAAGUCAAAAGAAACCCUCCCAAAACAGGGAAAGUCGGAGAGUAUGGCUACGUGGGUCAACCGAAUGCAGUGCGUACCAACUUCACCACUAAACAGCUCACGGAGCUGGAGAAGGAGUUUCACUUCAACAAGUACUUGACGCGCGCCCGCAGGGUGGAGAUUGCCGCAUCCCUGCAGCUCAAUGAGACCCAGGUGAAGAUCUGGUUCCAGAACCGCCGAAUGAAGCAGAAGAAACGAGAGAAGGAGGGCCUCUUGCCCAUCUCUCCAGCCACUCCGACGGGAAGCGAAGAGAAGGCCGAGGAAUCCUCAGAGAAGUCCAGCUCCUCACCCUGCGUUCCUUCCCCGGGGUCUUCUACCUCAGACACUCUACCUACCUCCCACUGACGCCGCCCCGGCCCCACUCUGCAGCCCAGGCUACUCCUCCGGCUGGGACUUCUUACCCAAAGCACAUUCUUACCUUAUCUUCCUUUCCAUUUACAAUCUUUCUCUUCCUUUCUGAUCCUAUCUGGGGAACUACUGGCCAGGAUAAUGUGUUUCCAGAGAAUUCUGGAUUAGAAACUUGAUGAGGGGGGAGGGGGGAGGGGGGUGUUAGCUCCUUAAUGCAGAUUGAGUGCCAGCAUCAAUUUUCUGAUGGCACCUAACACCCCUACUUUUAGGAGAUUUUGACAGAACCUACUGUUCCUUUCAGAUGCCCUUUGGAAAAUAGUUUCCUCUGCCAGCCGAAACAUGUCAGAGCGAGGCCUCUCAUCUUUUAUCUAUCUGUAUAUUUACAGUUCUCCCCUACUUUGCCCUUAAAGUAGGCUAGAGAGAGAGAAGAGGGUCCAGGAGCUCAUGAAGAACAGAUACACUAUGAGAGUGUUUACACAAUUAAUUCAUCCCUUAAUUUAAUUCAAUUUCAUGUGUGUGAGUUUGCUGGUUGUAAAUGCUUUGUCCUGAAAGAUUUAUCUUUAUACAGAUUUUCUAGAAAUGUUUUGAUUAAGUGACUAAAACAUGGUGGGCAAAGUCUCAAAGCUGGUACAACUUCAUAUGUGAUUAUAGGUUAAAGAAUUAAAAGCUCUCAUUUAAAAUCAAUCAGAUGCCUCAGAUGGUAGCCUCAGUUUGUUCUUUCAGUGAGUUAAGAAGGCCUGCAGAAUACAAGGGUCAGAAACCUUGCUUCCUGUGCUAAGUCUCUCCCCAUCCCCACUCCUUUCUUGUUUCUCUGGCCACACUCUAUUUAAAAUUUGUGCUGGAUUAUUCAGGACCUAAAUGUAUUAUUCAAACCAGCUCCUUCCUUCCACAGUUAUC